UGAGGGCUUCGCUGGGCUGCUGCGGGGGGAAAGAUGGAGGAGGCAGGAGGUGUUUAGGGAGAGGAGAGAUGCGGAUUAUGGCCGCACGGGAGAAAAGGAGCGAUAAACGGGAAUAAAUAGAGCAAACCGAAGGCUGGCUUCGCUCGAGAGAGAGGGAGAGAGAUUGGAGGAAAACCGAACUAGACGGGUACGGAGCUGCUCUUCAACGCCGGGCGUGAUUGCUGGCAGGAUUCGGUGGUAAAAUCUGGAUUAUUUCUUAAAAAUAUUAAUAUUAGUCCCAUUUUUUGGCGGUGCGUGACCUGUUAUUAAAUAUAAUAGCCAUAAAGAGAAGGAGAGGAAAACGCGGAUGACCACUGUAAUGACCACUGCUGAAUGUCAACAGGAAUGUUUAAAAUAUAUACUUUGAUUUGUUUAAACCGUGGGAUUUCAUUACAAUGAGCGCUGAAUGAGGAGAAGCUGGGCGUCCAGGACCUGAAGGAAACCCUCGAGUGCUUAAAGAAAAGAUGGAAACAGCUGCUCAUGCUUUGCUCCUGUUUUGCUGGACCGUGCUGGCCGUGCUGGCCGCCUCAGUGCCCGGCUGUGGGGCCGGGGGGCUCCGUGUUGCCCUCCUGCAUCCUGCCCGCCGGCCAAGCCAGCAGGGAGCGCCGAGGAGGCGCAGGGCCGCCAGGAGCGUGACCUUCGUGGACAUGAUCGACAACCUGCGCGGCAAGUCCGGCCAGGGCUACUACGUGGAGAUGGCGGUGGGCACGCCUCCUCAGAAGUUGAACAUCCUGGUGGACACAGGGAGCAGUAAUUUCGCAGUAGGAGCUGCAGCUCAUCCAUUUCUGCGCAGAUACUACCAUCGUUCUCUGUCCACAUCGUACAGGGAUCUGGGCCGGAGCGUGUAUGUGCCGUAUACGCAGGGCCGCUGGGAGGGGGAGCUGGGGACCGAUCUGGUGUCGGUGCCUCACGGCCCCAAUGUGUCGCUGCGCGCCAACAUCGCCGCCAUCACCCAGUCAGACCGCUUCUUCAUCAACGGCUCCAACUGGGAGGGCAUCCUGGGGCUGGCCUACGCUGAAAUAGCCAGGCCUGAUGAGACCCUCGAGCCCUUCUUUGAUUCUCUGGUGAGGCAGACCAACGUGCCCAACCUCUUCUCCCUGCAGCUGUGUGGAGCCGGCUUCACCCAGAACUACAGCCUGGGCAGUGCAACUGUAGGGGGCAGUAUGAUCAUUGGAGGGAUUGACCCGUCCCUUUACGUAGGAGAAGUGUGGUACACUCCAAUACGCAGAGAGUGGUACUAUGAGGUCAUCAUUGUGCGCAUUGAAGUUAAUGGACAGGAUCUCAAUAUGGAUUGUAAAGAGUACAACUAUGAUAAAAGCAUCGUGGACAGUGGCACCACAAACCUCCGACUUCCUCGCAAAGUGUUCCAGGCAGCUGUAAAGGCCAUUGAAGCAGCUUCUUCGACAGAGCAGUUUCCCUCUGGUUUUUGGCUGGGGGAGCAGUUGGUGUGCUGGCAGGCUGGCACCACCCCCUGGCACAUCUUCCCCGUCAUCUCUCUCUACCUGAUGAGUGAGAAUCGCAACCAAUCCUUCCGCAUCUCUAUCCUGCCCCAGCAAUAUCUACGGCCUGUAGAGGACGUAGCCUCAGCGCAGGAAGACUGCUACAAAUUUGCCGUGUCUCAGUCCAGCACCGGCACCGUCAUGGGCGCCGUCAUCAUGGAGGGCUUCUACGUCGUGUUCGACCGCGAACGCAAACGCAUCGGCUUUGCUGUCAGCACAUGUCACGUUCACGACGAGUUCCGCACGGCCUCGGUGGAGGGUCCCUUCCAUGGUGUGGAGCUGGAGGACUGCGGCUACAACAUCCCGCAGACGGACGAGUCCACGCUGAUGACCAUCGCCUACAUCAUGGCCGGAAUCUGCGCCCUGUUCAUGUUGCCGCUCUGCCUGAUGGUGUGCCAGUGGCGCUUCGCCCGCUGUCUGCACCCGCUGGGCACCGGCAACUUCGCCGAUGACAUUUCUCUCCUGAAGUGAGCCAAACCUGCAGCGGGAAGCAUGUCCAUAUGGCAAGAGGCCACCGUCUUGGUGACCACUGGUGGGGCCAUCCCAAUGCGGGAUGACGGUGGUGGGUGGGGGAGUGGUGGUCAAUGAUGUAGUAGUGUAUAUAGUCGUACGUAUUUACACGGCAUGUCCUGUCGGACUGUCCUGAACUGGGGAGACUUUAUAACCCUGUAUGUGACGUUGGUCCCCCUUUAGUGUUUCAAGUGCAGGACCACCGUAUGUAACAUUCAUGUAUGCGUGUGUUGGUCUGGGAGUCCUCGGAGGAUGUGUCGUCAUUGUGUAGUAUCCUGAUGAGCCCGGGGUCUAAGCUUGUUUUGUUUAUGUCUAGAAUUGCUCCUAUUAUUAACUCUAAAGCUGUUAUGUUUUGUCCUACACUCUUGAAGAGAUGGUUCUUUAAGGGUUCUUUAGGAAUGACAGUGGUGCUAUAUAGAACAAUGAACACUCAAAAAAAAACAUUUGUAGAAAUAGUUGUUCAGAUUAAUGGAGAACCCGCAACCCUGACGGAGAAGCGGCUUGGAAAAUGGAUGGCUGGAUGGAUUAAUGGAGAAUGUCAUUUAUUUGGUUCUGUAGAGAACACUUUUGAAGAUGGUUCUGUAUAGCCCCAAAAAGGGUUCUGCAAUUGUCAUGAUAUCAAGCAUAGUCAAAUUACAAUAGAACAACCCUUUUUGGUGCUAUGUAGAACCAUUUACAACACAUUCUCCAUCAAUCCUAAGAAUACAAAGAAAACUUUAAACAUACAAAUGGAUCUUUGAGUGUUGAUGAUUCGAUAUGGAUCCUUUAUUUAAUUAUUUAUCAUUAAAUAAUGGUUCUAUGUACAUUAUUAUUUACCAUUAUUUAAGUGUACAUACAUUAUUCCUCUGUGUCAUUUUAAUUAUGAGGCUGUUAAGUAGUCGAAAUAGGAAUAUUGCUACGUACACGAUUCAAGCCAAAACAAAUGAAUCACAAUACUACUGGCAACUUUACCAAAAUACCCCAUUCACAACAACAAACUUUGACCAGUGUUUAAAGACUGGGUGAUAUCUAAAAAUGAUUGCCUUGUUUAGUCCUUUAAACAAAAGUCAAACCACCUUAGGAGCCAAAUUUUAUAUCUAUUUAACCAUCUUUGCUGUAAAUAUAUCUCAGCAUCUGCUAACGUGCUAUUAUAGGCUGACAUAUCUAAAGAAAGCCAGAGACUUACUUUGCUCUGCUGUAAGCUUCAGAAUAUAUAUAGCCGCUUUUCUCGCAUCUCUGGCAGGAACGUUUUCCUCAAAAAAAGGACAGUAUUUUGUAAAAUGUCUAUCAACGUUCAAUUCUCACU